AUGGCGGGCAGAAUAAAGACGAUUUGGUUGUCCUCUGCGCUGGAGUUUUACACCCUAGUGAACUGUCAAGGUCUUGAUGCGUUAGGAGUCGACUUGGAGGGACCACACGAAGAAACUCGUCGAGAACAAGACGCGUUGGAUGCAGAACGCUCCGAAGGAGUGAGAAAAAACAGUUCCAAGCCCUGCACCUGGGACCAAUCAGAAAAUGCUAUUUUCACUUCUUCUGGUUCAAAAUCAACCCGCGAGAUUCCGAGGGAUGAGUCGGGGCGCGGGGCUCCUCCGCUCGGGAAGCCGGAGCGGAGGGGAAGCGAGGGUGGGACCGCUGUCCUCGGAAGUACUUGGGGCUGUGAGUCACUGAACAGGAAUAACCACCUUGUGGCUCUGUGCUCCCCCUCAUCGGAGUUCUCCCAGCCGAGUAUCCAAACACCGUUUCUUAAACAAGGACAAGUUUGGAAGGCAUGUGGUGAUCCCAAGGCCAAACCAUCCUACCUUAUUGACAAAAACUUGGAAUCUGCUGUGAAAUUCAUAGUCAGAAAAUUUCCUGCUGUAGAAACUCGCAACAACAAUCAACAGCUUGCACAACUACAGAAAGAAAAAUCAGAGAUUCUGAAAAAUCUGGCAUUAUAUUACUUCACAUUUGUAGAUGUUAUGGAAUUUAAGGACCAUGUUUGUGAAUUGCUGAAUACCAUUGAUGUUUGCCAAGUCUUCUUUGAUAUUACUGUGAACUUUGAUUUAACAAAGAACUACUUAGAUUUGAUUAUAACCUACACAACAUUAAUGAUACUGUUGUCUCGAAUUGAAGAAAGGAAGGCAAUCAUUGGAUUAUACAACUAUGCUCAUGAAAUGACCCAUGGAGCAAGUGACCGAGAAUACCCACGUCUUGGUCAGAUGAUUGUGGAUUAUGAAAACCCUUUAAAAAAGAUGAUGGAAGAAUUUGUACCCCAUAGCAAGUCUCUUUCAGAUGCACUCAUCUCUCUCCAGAUGGUCUAUCCUCGUAGGAAUCUUUCAGCGGAUCAGUGGAGAAAUGCCCAGUUACUGAGCCUCAUCAGUGCACCCAGUACAAUGCUUAAUCCAGCACAGUCUGACACUAUGCCUUGUGAAUAUCUCUCUUUGGAUGCAAUGGAGAAAUGGAUUAUCUUUGGCUUCAUUUUGUGCCAUGGGAUCCUAAAUACUGAUGCUACAGCUCUGAACCUUUGGAAGCUAGCUCUUCAAAGUAGCUCUUGUCUUUCUCUCUUCCGGGAUGAAGUUUUCCACAUUCACAAAGCUGCAGAAGAUUUAUUUGUAAACAUAAGAGGCUACAAUAAGCGUAUUAAUGACAUAAGAGAAUGCAAGGAGGCAGCUGUGUCGCAUGCUGGCUCAAUGCACAGAGAAAGACGCAAGUUUUUAAGGUCUGCACUGAAGGAGUUGGCUACCGUCCUCUCUGAUCAACCUGGCUUGCUUGGUCCCAAGGCACUUUUUGUUUUUAUGGCAUUAUCUUUUGCCCGUGAUGAAAUUAUUUGGCUACUUCGUCAUGCAGAUAAUAUGCCAAAGAAGAGUGCAGAUGACUUUAUAGAUAAGCACAUUGCUGAAUUAAUAUUUUACAUGGAAGAACUUAGAGCACAUGUAAGGAAAUAUGGACCUGUAAUGCAGAGGUAUUAUGUGCAGUACCUUUCUGGCUUCGAUGCUGUUGUCCUUAAUGAACUUGUGCAGAAUCUUUCUGUUUGUCCCGAAGAUGAAUCAAUCAUCAUGUCCUCUUUUGUUAACACUAUGACUUCCCUAAGUGUAAAACAAGUUGAAGAUGGAGAAGUAUUUGAUUUCAGAGGAAUGAGAUUAGAUUGGUUUAGGUUACAGGCAUACACUAGUGUCUCUAAGGCUUCACUUAGCCUUGCAGAUCACCGAGAACUUGGAAAAAUGAUGAAUACAAUAAUCUUUCAUACAAAAAUGGUAGAUUCAUUGGUGGAAAUGUUGGUGGAAACAUCAGAUCUCUCCAUAUUUUGUUUUUAUAGCCGUGCUUUUGAGAAGAUGUUUCAGCAGUGUUUGGAGUUACCGUCUCAGUCAAGAUACUCAAUUGCAUUUCCACUACUUUGCACUCAUUUUAUGAGUUGUACACAUGAACUGUGUCCAGAAGAGCGACACCAUAUUGGAGAUCGCAGUCUUUCCUUAUGUAAUAUGUUCCUGGAUGAAAUGGCCAAACAAGCUCGAAAUCUCAUCACUGAUAUUUGCACAGAACAGUGUACUCUUAGUGACCAGUUGCUGCCUAAGCAUUGUGCCAAAACCAUCAGUCAAGCAGUGAAUAAGAAGUCGAAGAAACAAACUGGUAAAAAAGGGGAGCCUGAGAGAGAAAAGCCGGGUGUGGAGAGCAUGAGGAAGAACAGGCUGGUCGUGACCAACCUUGAUAAAUUGCACACUGCACUUUCUGAAUUAUGUUUCUCUAUAAAUUAUGUACCAAACAUGGUGGUAUGGGAACAUACAUUUACUCCACGAGAAUAUUUGACUUCUCAUCUGGAAAUCCGCUUUACUAAAUCAAUUGUUGGGAUGACGAUGUAUAAUCAGGCCACGCAGGAAAUUGCAAAACCAUCAGAGCUUCUGACAAGUGUAAGAGCGUAUAUGACUGUACUCCAAUCAAUAGAAAACUAUGUUCAGAUUGAUAUUACAAGAGUAUUUAAUAAUGUUCUUCUUCAACAAACACAACAUUUGGACAGUCAUGGAGAGCCAACCAUUACAAGUUUAUACACAAAUUGGUAUUUGGAAACUUUGUUAAGGCAAGUCAGCAAUGGCCAUAUAGCUUAUUUCCCUGCAAUGAAAGCAUUUGUGAACCUACCCACAGAGAAUGAAUUAACAUUCAAUGCAGAGGAAUAUUCUGACAUAUCAGAAAUGAGGUCAUUAUCAGAGCUACUAGGCCCAUAUGGAAUGAAGUUCCUAAGUGAAAGCCUUAUGUGGCAUAUUUCAUCACAAGUUGCUGAACUUAAGAAACUUGUGGUGGAGAAUGUUGAUGUACUAACACAAAUGAGGACCAGCUUUGACAAACCAGACCAGAUGGCUGCACUCUUUAAGAGAUUAUCAUCUGUUGACAGUGUGUUGAAGAGGAUGACAAUAAUUGGUGUGAUUUUAUCCUUCCGAUCAUUGGCACAAGAAGCACUUAGAGAUGUCUUGUCCUACCACAUUCCUUUUCUUGUAAGUUCAAUUGAAGAUUUUAAGGACCACAUUCCAAGAGAAACUGAUAUGAAGGUUGCAAUGAAUGUGUAUGAGUUAUCGUCAGCUGCUGGAUUACCUUGUGAGAUUGAUCCUGCCUUGGUGGUAGCUCUUUCUUCACAAAAAUCAGAAAAUAUUAGUCCAGAAGAAGAAUAUAAAAUUGCCUGCCUUCUCAUGGUCUUCGUAGCAGUUUCUUUACCAACACUGGCUAGUAAUGUGAUGUCUCAGUACAGCCCUGCUAUAGAAGGGCACUGCAACAACAUACAUUGUUUGGCUAAAGCCAUCAACCAGAUUGCUGCAGCUUUGUUUACAAUUCACAAAGGAAGCAUUGAAGACCGUCUUAAAGAAUUUUUGGCGCUUGCAUCCUCCAGUCUACUCAAAAUUGGCCAGGAGACAGAUAAAACUACAACACGAAAUAGAGAAUCUGUUUAUUUACUACUAGACAUGAUUGUACAGGAAUCACCAUUCCUGACAAUGGAUCUUUUGGAAUCUUGUUUUCCUUAUGUGUUGCUAAGAAAUGCAUACCAUGCUGUCUACAAACAAAGUGUUACAUCUUCUGCAUAGAGUAUCUGCUUAUUCAAGACAAGCACGCAUUUUUGUUGCCUCGGUUUUAUCUGUAAACUGUGGAAAUAUUUUACCUUAAGGCCUGAAAAACAAUUUUUGUGGAUUAUAAAUUUCAUAUGGUUGUAUUUUCUGAUCAUUGGUUUCUUAAUAUGGUUGUACAACAACAUAUUUGGUUGAUUUAGGUUGCACAUUCACUGAAUUCACUGAUUAUUCCUAUAAUUUUAGAGUAUCAUUUGUUUGAAAAACAUGUUUUUGAUAUUUGAUGCUGAAAAACUUUGCCUGUUUAUUUCUGAUGCCUGUUUAUUUCUGAAAAAGAACUGUAUUUAGUGAUUAUUUUAGAUAGUGAUAUUAUAGCAUUCAUCUGUGUGUAAAUUAUUUCAUAUAGGGAAGAGUUCUGAUCUGUACCUAUGAUUCUUACUGAAAACAAACUUGGAUGUGCAUUUCUGUGAUGUUAUGAAUACAUUUCUACUUUAUUUUGAAACAUUUGCCAAACUAAAUAACACUGUAUAACAUUAAAAAUGUUAAAGACUGCUUGGCACUAGAAGCAGAACAUGUCCCGAAAUUGUAACAGCAGCAUAUAUUGUUGCUUGUAUAAAACUUAGUGAUAAUUUUUA